GUGUGUGUGUGUGCGUGCGCGUCCGUGUGCGUCCAUGUCCAGUGACCAAGGGGAAUGUUACCACAUGUUGGAUGAAUGUGUCAUUCUCCCAGUGCCAGUGUCCACCGUUACAGCACGUCACUCGUCAGCUCGGCCAAUCACACAUCAGCUGUUUGGAUUUAUGCCAGAGGUUUGGUUUGGCUUGUAAGAGUCUACCAGAGGUGACCAUAACCCUUUUAGCAUUUUUUAUCAGCACACCUGAGCUCGGGAGGGAAAAAAAAGAGCCCACAGUAGCGUAGCAACGAGACAGGUGAGCCACAAUGCCAUAUACUCCGUCUGGCUUUUUCUGCGACCGGCUAAUCCGGGAGAGGGAGCGCAGAGACGGGGAGGGCUCCGUCAACAAGCCCCUGCGCUUCAGCGGCCAGGACUUCGCGCAGCUCAAGCAGGAGUAUCUGCAGAAGAAGACCCUGUUCGAGGAUGACACCUUCCCCGCCACCGUGGAGUCUCUGGGAUACAAGGAGCUGGGCCACAAGUCCAACAAAGUCAAGAACAUUGUCUGGAAGAGACCCAAGGAGAUUAGCGACAAUCCCCAAUUUAUUGUCGGAGGAGCCAGCAGGACCGACAUUUGCCAAGGAGACCUGGGUGACUGCUGGCUGCUGGCUGCCAUUGCUUCUCUGACCCUGAAUGAGAAGCUCCUCUUCAGAGUGGUGCCCCAGGACCAGAGCUUCACCGAGGCCUACGCUGGAAUCUUCCACUUCCAGUUCUGGCGGUACGGUGACUGGGUGGAUGUUGUUGUGGAUGACCGCAUCCCCACCUUCAACGGCCAGCUGGUGUUCACCAAGUCUGCAGAGAGGAAUGAGUUCUGGAGCGCCCUGCUGGAGAAGGCCUAUGCCAAGCUUCACGGGUCCUACGAGGCCCUGAAGGGAGGCAACACCACGGAGGCCAUGGAAGACUUCACGGGCGGCGUGACGGAGUUCUACGAGAUGAAGGAGGCCCCCAAGGAGCUCUACCGCAUCAUGAGGAAAGCUCUGGAGAGGGGCUCGCUCAUGGGCUGCUCCAUCGACUCUCUGGUUCCUGCCCGCUUUGAGACUCGCACGACGACCGGACUCGUCAAAGGACACGCCUACUCUGUGACCGCUGUGGAGGAGUGUAAGCAGGCGCAGCAGAAGGAGAACAAAGUUCGUCUAGUGCGUCUUCGUAACCCUUGGGGACAGGUGGAGUGGAAUGGACCUUGGAGUGACAACUCCAAGGAGUGGACCACCAUCUCCAAGAAUGAGAAGGAGAAGCUUCAGCUGGAGAACGCUGAGGAUGGAGAGUUUUGGAUGUCAUUUGACGACUUUAAGAAGAACUACACCAAGAUUGAGAUCUGCAACCUCACCCCCGAUGCCCUAGAGGACGACAAGCUGCACAAGUGGACCGUGUCCGUGAACGAGGGACGCUGGGUCAGAGGGUGCUCCGCAGGUGGCUGUAGGAACUACCCAGACACCUUCUGGACGAACCCUCAGUACCGCCUGCGUCUGCUGGAGGAGGAUGACGACCCUGAUGAUAACGAGGUGGCCUGCACGUUCGUGGUGGCCCUGAUGCAGAAGAACCGCAGGAAACAGCGCAAGAUGGGCGCCAACCUCUUCACCAUCGGCUUCUCCAUCUACGAGGUGCCCAAGGAGAUGCAAGGCAACAAGCAGCACAUGCAGAAGGAGUUCUUCCUGGUCAACUCCUCCAAGGCCCGCGUGAAGGCCUACAUCAACCUGCGCGAGGUGAGCCAGCGUUUCCGCCUGACCCCCGGCGAGUACGUGAUCGUGCCCUCCACCUACGAGCCCCACGAGGAGGGAGAGUUCAUCCUGCGCGUCUUCUCUGAAAAAAGGAACACCUCUGAGGAAAUAGAGAACAGGAUCGAGGCUGACCAUCCAGUGCCAGCCCCGGCUUCAGCAGGCGAGGAGAGCGAGGAGGACCAGCAGUUCCUGAGCAUCUUCCAGCAGAUUGCGGGGGAUGACAUGGAAAUCUCGGCCAACGAACUGAGGAAUGUUCUGAAGCGCGUGCUGACCAACUACAGUGAAAUGGAGAACUUCAGCACAGAGGGCUUCAGCCUGGAAAGCUGUCGGAGCAUGAUCGCCCUCAUGGAUAUGGAGGGAACAGGCAGACUUAACCUUCAGGAGUUCAGACAACUGUGGAACAAAAUUAAGCAGUGGCAGGGAAUCUUUAAGCACUACGACGGUGAACAAACUGGAUCCAUCAAUAGUUACGAGAUGAGGAAUGCUGUGAAUGACGCAGGUUUCCGUCUGAACAACCAGCUGUACGACAUCAUCACCAUGCGCUACGCCAACGAGAACAUGAACAUCGACUUCGACAGCUUUGUCAGCUGUCUGGUGCGCUUGGAGGGCAUGUUCCGGGCGUUCCAAGCCUUUGACCAGGACGGCGACGGCACCAUCAGGCUCAGUGUUCUUGAGUGGCUCCAGCUGACCAUGUACGCCUAGACGGCGCCCCCUGUCGCCCACUAGGUGUCGAUGCAACGCGAGUCCACGUAAAAGUCUUUCUGCAAGGACCAGAAAAAAAAAAAACACCUGCUCUUACCUCAACAACACUCAGUAUUGCCAGUCAAGUGCAGCAGGAAAGGCAUCUCUCAGCACCAUACAGUGACAGUUAUCUUGUCUCUCUUCUGUCCAGUAGUCUCCAGUUCUCUCUAGUUCUUUUCUCAGCACGUUACAGUACCAUUAUUACUGGUCACCACCUCCUCCUCCUCCUCCUACCGUCUCAGAGGGCUCACCUCUGAUGUUAACGCUCAGGUUUCUCUCUUACAGCACCACCGCAUCACCACCCCCUUUCGCAUUUUCUUUCACUUGUGGACUGUGUAUUUUACUUUUUCUUCUUAGCACUGACUUGGAUUCUUGUUUGACUUCUCUCUCAGGCAUAGCGCACAUACACAAACACAAACACAAACACAAACGAGCAUGCACACAGGCACACACACACACAGAUACAGCAAUUAGUUGGAGAAAAAAAACCCAGAAUAUUUUUAAGCAACAUCAAUGGAGUUACCAAUAGAAGUGGACAACACACACACACACACACACACCUUUUUUUUUCCUGUCAGCACAUCAUACCUCACCACCAGUGAUUAUAAAACCCAGACCAUCUUGUGCACCGCACCCUGUGAGAAACUGCUCAAGACUUUGUUUUUAACCAUAGCUAGAGCCCACAAUCCCUACACCAUUCACUCAUUAUUUUUCUUCCUUUUGGCGUCUAUAUUAUCUACUGAGCCCAACCACGUUCUACUGAAGACCAGCCCUCUCCAGUUGUCAUGAAGGAAUUUAGAUGCCGCCAUCGAGUCCACUCUGGCUUUGGGCAUUCAUUCCAUCUUUACUGCCUUAGAUUGGUUUCGGCUACUUAGCCAAAACCAGACGAUACCAGCACUAUCAAUCCGAUCAGGUCUUGAGACUGAAAGGAAUCACGGUCAACAGUUCUGAAUGUUCUUCCAAGAUGAUAACGGAUGACAAGGAUGAUGACGGGGGAAGCCAGGGGCAGCAUCCCAACUUUGUGACCUGGAACAGUCAACCUGGGCUUGGUGAAAGGAACCAUGGAGACAAACUUGGGUUUGGACUUUAAAGGUUUCUUGUUGUGGUUAUCCAUUAAAAAGCUUUGGGCCAAAUGUGUCUACCGAGUUCCUAACAUGCUUUAAUAAUAAAUACCUGUGUUGUUUCUUUGGUUGGAGUGGUUAUGGAAGAAGGCGAAUUCUGGCCGUUUCAU